AUGAGUUUUGCCCCUCCUCCUGAGGUGACUAACAAAGGAAAAACCUUUGCCUUUGUCAUCAUCCCACUGUUUCUGCAGCAAGCGUAUUCAACUAAGCCUAACAAGAUUCCCAGCUUUAAUUUUGAUGACGACCUCAAGUACCUGUGUAUCAGUGCUGCGAGCCCCAACACUGCCACGGCCACCCUCUAUGCUUUCAACGUGUGAAGAUACUGGUUGAUGACCAAAAGACUCAGAGAUUACAUGGACAUCACUGAGAUCCCAGCAAUGAAGCUCGAUAAACUCCUGGAGGACUUUUAUAUCACCAUGAAGAAAACAGAUGUGUCUGACUUUCUAGCCACAUCCCUCCAUGCUAUCCAGUGAGGCCUGGACGGGAUCCGUGGUUUCUCCAUCACCAGCAGCACGUUCAGCUCUUCCACCAGAAAGCUCAAGGAGAAGCUUAAGGUCCUGAGCAAGGCUGGGAUGUCUGGUGCUUGCUCUUGCACCAUCGUCUGCUCCUCCCUUUCUGACAAGGAAGAGAUGCGGAGGACGGGGUGCCUGGGAGAUGACAGGCCUGUAACCCUCCUGUCCAUGGUGGUGAAAUAUAGCACCUUACAGUAGCAUACAGACUUAAUGUUUGGCGACACUGAAUUGCUCAAAGACUAGAGCAGGCCAAUUUUUGCCAGAACAGAUAACGAAAAGCAAAAAAACAAGGCGAAUGCGAAGAGAGCGUGCUACGGCCCGAUCUACCACGAGCACUCAAAAGGGCACAAACUCUGCCCAUACUGCCUCCUCUGCAUGUACGUAUGCCAGCCCCCAACGCAGAUGGAGGACGAGACUCCCGUCUGCCUGAUGGCCUGCAAGGAGGUCAGCAGCAUGGGGAACGUCUGGUACAAGGAGCAGAGGAUGAGGCUUUCUUUCAGAGCUGCUGCUCAAAAUUUACUCUCUUGUGAACCAUAUUUUUGA